AAAGGGGAUGGCAAGGGGAGAGGGGAGAAGCUGAGGGCUUGGGGCCCAAAGGCAGCAGCCGAGAUUCCGAGGAGAUCUGGCGGAGUUCAUGAAUGUGAUAGGAGCCUAAGGUGUCCUAGAAAGAGAAGCUGAAGUAAAGGUGCAGGCUCAGGUGGAAGAGGUGCAGCAGCGGGUGGAGGCUGGGGACCCCACAGAGGAGCAGCCCCGCGGCUAUGAACUUCACAGACAGGGACCCCCAGGUGUUUCAUUUGGUUUCUCAGUGUUUAAUUUGAUGAAUGCCAUCAUGGGAAGUGGCAUCCUUGGCUUAGCUUAUGUUAUGGCUCAUACUGGUGUCCUUGGAUUUAGUUUCUUGCUGCUGAUAGUCGCUCUCCUGGCUUCUUACUCAGUUCAUCUCCUGCUUAGUUUGUGUAUUCAGACAGCUGUGACAUCUUAUGAAGAUCUUGGACUCUUUGCAUUUGGCUUACCUGGAAAGGUGGUGGUAGCAGGCACCAUAAUAAUUCAGAAUAUUGGAGCUAUGUCAUCUUAUCUUUUAAUUAUUAAAACAGAGCUUCCUGCUGCUAUUUCAGAAUUUUUGUCUGGAGACCAUAGUGGGUCUUGGUAUCUUGAUGGAGAAACACUGCUAAUAAUCAUUUGUGUUGCCAUUGUGUUCCCUCUCGCACUUCUUCCUAAAAUAGGCUUUCUUGGCUACACAAGUAGUUUAUCAUUUUUCUUUAUGGUGUUCUUUGCUCUUGUGAUAAUAAUCAAAAAAUGGUCCAUCCCUUGUCCUCUGACAUUAAAUUCUGUAGAGCAAUACUUCCAGAUUUCAAAUGCUACAGAUGAUUGUAAACCAAAACUCUUUCAUUUCUCCAAAGAGAGUGCUUAUGCCAUACCAACCAUGGCUUUUUCAUUUCUCUGCCACACCUCAAUAUUGCCCAUAUACUGUGAACUUCAAAGACCUUCUAAGAAAAGGAUGCAGAAUGUAACCAAUACAGCAAUUGCUUUAAGUUUUCUCAUUUAUUUUAUAUCUGCACUCUUUGGAUACCUCACUUUUUAUGACAGUGUGGCGUCAGAAUUACUACAAGGUUAUAGUAAAUACUUGCCACAUGAUGUUGUCGUCAUGACUGUGAAGUUAUGCAUACUAUUUGCUGUGCUUUUGACAGUCCCUCUAAUCCACUUCCCUGCAAGGAAAGCUUUAAUGAUGAUGUUUUUCUCCAAUUUUCCAUUCUCAUGGAUUCGCCAUUCUUUGAUCACUAUAGCUCUCAAUAUUAUCAUCGUUUUACUUGCGAUAUAUGUUCCUGACAUUAGGAAUGUAUUUGGUGUAGUUGGUUCCAGUACAUCAACGUGUUUGAUUUUUGUGUUCCCGGGACUGUUUUAUCUUAAACUGAGCAGAGAGGAUUUUCUCUCCUGGAAAAAGUUUGGGGCGUUUGUUUUGCUCAUCUUUGGUAUUUUGGUUGGUAAUUUUAGUUUAGCACUCAUUAUUUUUAAUUGGAUUAAUAAGUGAAAGAAAUAUUUUCCCACGUCUUUUGCUGAAUAAUUUACCUCUAAAUGCAAAAAGGAAUUAUUCUGGAAGGCACCUUGGAUGAAUCCUCUUUAUAUGGGCUAACAUUUUUGCAAACAUUGACAGAAAAGCAGAACAAAACAGGAGUCGGUAGGGGAAAGUAGACAUAGCAGUUUUAAUCAAAAUAAGAAACUCAAAAUGCUCUUAAAUAUGUUGAGCAUCUUUUGUUUGUGGUUUUUUUAAAUUAACAGACUUUAUUUUUUAGGGUAGUUUUAACGUUUACAGAAAUAAUUGAACAGAAAGUACAGAGAAUUCUCAUAUAUUCCCUCAUUCCAGCUCACCCAUAAUGUCCCACAUUACUAACAUCUUGCAUUAGUAAAGUACAUUUGUUAUACUUGAGAGCCAACUUUGAUACAUUACUAUUAACUGAAGUUCAUAGUUUACAGUAGGGUUCACUUUUGAUGCAACCACUGAUCUUUUUACUGUCUCCAUAAAAACCAUGAGCAUUCCCCAUGAGCCUUUUCUAAAAUGUCAUUUGGUGGAAUCAAAUAGUAUCUAACCUUUUGGGCUGGCUUCUUUCACUUAGCAAUAUGCAUUUAAGUUUCCUCCAUGUCUUUUCAUAGCUUGAUAGCUCUUUUUUUUAAUAUCACUGACAAUAUUUCAUUGUAUGGAUGUACCACAGUUUGUUUCACUGACAGUAUUCCAUUGUAUGGAUGUACCACAGUUUGUCUCACUGACAGUAUUCCAUUGUAUGGAUGUACCACAGUUUGUUUUUCCAUUCACCUGUUGAAUGACCUCUUGUUUGCUUCCAAAUUUUGGCAUUUGUGAAUAAAACUGCUACAAACAUUUGUAUGCAGACUUUUGUGUGGACAGAAAUUUUCAGCUUAUUUGGGUUAAUACCAAAGACUAUUUUUUAGCAAUUGCUGCAUGGUAUGGUAGAAUAUUUAGUCUUAUAAGAAACUGCCCAACUGCCUUCCAAAGUGGCUGUAACAUUUUGCAUUCCUGCCAGCAAUGUGUGAGAGUUCCUGUUGUUCCACAUCCUUGCCAACAUUGGGUGUUGUCAGUGUUUUGGAUUUUCACCAUUCUAAUGGGUGUGCAGUUGUAUCUCAUUGUUGUUUUAAUUUGCAUUUUCCCUAUUGACAUGAUGUUGAGCAUCUUUUCACAUGUUUAUUUGCCAUCUGUAUAUUUUCUUUGGUAAGGUUCAGAUUUUUUAAGUUGGGUUGUUUUUACAUUGUUGAGUUUUAAGCAUUCUUUGUAUAUUUUAGACACCAAUCCUUUAUCAGAUAUGUGUUUCACAAAGAUUUUCUCCCAGUCUGUGAGUUGCCU